GGUUUGGUUGAGAGCAGCUGUUUGUGUGUUCGACACUUUAGGGGCCGAGACUGGGGGGACGGAGCUGGAGCCGCCUCAGUGAGGGCAGGACAGCACAGAGGCUCCCGCUGCCUCCUGGUCAGCCCAUCAAACACCCCAGCAGGAGAGUCGAGCCACUAGGAUACUGUUCCUGGGCUCAGAACCAAGCCAAGAGCUGGUCAGUGGCGCGAAGGUUCUCGGAUCCGCUGGGGUGCAGGGUGUGACCAGAAUCCAGGCCAUGACCAGCAGAGGAGCCGCCCGGCCGAAUGGUCAGUCCCAAGCUAGUAAAAUCUGUCAGUUUAAGCUGGUGCUGCUGGGCGAGUCUGCGGUGGGGAAGUCCAGUCUGGUGCUGCGCUUCGUCAAGGGUCAGUUCCACGAAUACCAGGAGAGCACCAUUGGGGCGGCGUUUCUCACACAGUCCGUCUGCCUGGAUGACACAACAGUCAAGUUUGAGAUCUGGGACACGGCUGGCCAGGAGCGAUAUCACAGUCUGGCCCCCAUGUAUUACCGGGGGGCACAAGCUGCCAUUGUGGUCUAUGACAUCACCAACCAGGAAACAUUUGCCCGAGCGAAGACAUGGGUGAAAGAGCUGCAGCGGCAAGCCAGCCCCAACAUUGUCAUAGCCCUAGCAGGCAACAAGGCCGACCUCGCCAACAAGCGCAUGGUAGAAUAUGAAGAGGCACAAGCUUAUGCAGAUGACAACAGCCUAUUGUUCAUGGAGACGUCGGCCAAGACAGCGAUGAAUGUUAACGAUCUCUUCCUGGCGAUAGCCAAGAAGCUGCCAAAGAGCGAGCCCCAGAGCACGGGUGGCGUGGCGGGACGGAACCGAGGGGUGGACCUCCACGAGCAGACCCAGCAGAACAAGAGCCAGUGUUGUAGCAACUGAAGGGUGGUGUUCAAGAGCGAGGCCGGCGCGAGACGACGAGCUAAGAGAGACCCUCCAUUCCCACCCCCGUCCACCACACUUCACCUCCCCUAACACCGGCGCACCGACCCCCGGCUGAACCGAAUCCCUCCCGGCGCCUCUAACUGCACUUUUUUAAUGCUUCAGAACCACCGCCAGACAUCUGUUCCCAUCAGGCCAGUGACAGUGGAACCAGAUCGACCGGGGACUUAACUUCCAAAAAACAAACUCUCUUCACUUUGUAUUAUAGGUGCAAAUAGCUACCUAAUUCUGCUUGUUCCCCAUCUCCUUCUCCCAGCUAACUCCUCCCACCCCCCCACCCACCCCCUCUUUGCUUUGGUAAAUCUGUGUUCUCGGUCCCAUACCACCUGUCCUCUUCUACCGCCCCCCCCUUAUUUAAUGCUGGGGGGAGGGGCCCAAAGGAGGUGGAAACUUAAUCCCUGUGGGUUUAUUUUAUGAAGAAUAAGUUGAACGGGGACCUACAGAAAACACUGUUUUCUGAGGGUGUCUUUUGUGGGUUUACUCUUUAAUUUUUCUCCUGUUCUCUUCCCCCCCCCCUUCUAUUUCAAUGUUUGGGGGUGGGGAGGGGGGAAGCUGCAGUGUCCUUGACUUCGUCCUGGGUGGCCUUUCCGGCAGUGAUGGGGAACGGGGGGAAGUGCGGGGUUGGAAUCCUGUGAUCCAGCGGGGGGGCUGAUUCUGGCUAGUGCUGAUCGCUACACAGACGAUUUCUCUGUAGAUAAGUCUCAGUAGCAGGAAUAGAAUCGUGAAAAUAUCCGGUGCGAGCAGUGGCCAGGCCCCGUAAUCCCAUUGAUGGUGGUAAUGCCACGCUGAUGCACCCAGCAUCGUGUGCCGGGUGGAUUCCAUGGCUGUGUGGCAGAUGGUCUCAUUCAUACUGACUUGGGUGGGGUGUCAAAACCACAAAGUUCCCACUGGGAUACGUCUCUCGAGAGCUCCUGGGAUUUUUAUCCUUCCCCUCUCACCAGCCGCACCAGUUCUCUGGUUUGCACUUUAAUCUCCAGUCUAUCCCAUUGAGCUCAGCUCACCUUGGGCGCGUUCGGUUUUUAAGCUAUCUAGAGGGCUCCUGAGCCCCUGAGGGAGACUGGGGGGUGGGGGUCACCACUCUGAGCUCUGCUGCUCCCUCCACUAAGGGAACCCACUAAAGGUUUUAUCUUCUGGGCUCCAGUCCGUUCCUGUGUUGGGUACACGGCCGAGCCCUGGCUGUGUGCUGGGAAACGGGGCUCGCGUUGUCUGUUACCCUGCAGGCCAAGUGGCUAGUCCGGCUCACUUCAGAAUGAGGGUGUCCCUCCGUCCGGGGGGGGGCACUGAGCAGCAAACCUAGGGAGCUCCAAGUGGGACAUGGGCCUGGGAGUCUGUGUUAGAGACGGGGUGAAGGAGAAUGGGACCUGCCUUCCUUCCUGGCCUGGGAAAGGCGGGUGUCCUGUUUGCUGCCCCUUCCCCCAUUGUCUGUCUAGCAGGGGCUGGAGGUGGGGAGGAGUCUGGGACACUGGAAGGACUCAGCUCCCCCCAAGGAAGAGGAACCUUGAGGUCCCUGUCGGCUCCACCUGCAGGUUCUCCUUGCAUCAAAUCACAGGCCAGUCUGCGUCCUCUCUGGACGCUGGGGGGGGGGGGGUCACUGCUCACAGGGGGUGUCUUCCGCUUCUCAGCCCCCCGCCUGCCCCAGCUGGUUCCACUGGGGGGUCAGACAGGCACCCAGCCUGCCUGCACACAGCCCCUGCCUAUGUCGUGUCACACACUGAGCCCCCCUCCUGCCCCAGCUGGUUCCACUGGGGGGGGUCAGACCAGCACCCAGGCUGCCUGCGCACAGCCCCUGCCUAUGUCGUGUCACACACUCGGCUCCACGCCUGCCCCAGCUGGUUCCGCUGGGGGGUCAGACCGGCCCCCAGCCUGCCUGCGCACAGCCCCUGCCUAUGUCGUGUCACACACUCAGCCCCCCGCCUGUCCCAGCUGGUUCCGCUGGGGGGUCAGACCGGCCCCCAGCCUGCCUGCACACAGCCCCUGCCUACGUCGUGUCACACACUCGGCUCCACGUCUGAGGGCCUGUGAACACCAGCUCUCCCGUGCCAAGCAGCAGCAGCAUUUUUAUGGUGUCUGUCCCCAGUGCUUGGGCCUUCUGGGCUGCAUGGGAAGCCUCUGGUGCAGUCCGGGAAUAGCUGGUCCCAGCUGCUCUUAGCAGGAACCGGCUUCUUCCACAGGGGCUGCCUGUUGGGAUGGUCUCCCCUGGGGCUUAAUGGGCCGUAGCAGGUUCCAGACCAGUCCUGGGGCCCUGCCCAGAUGCAGGGGGAAACCAGGGCCGGAGUCUCUUGCCUCUGGUUCCGAGUCGCCCUUGGGUGUGUUGCGACCUGCCGAGGAUCCUUGAUGCACCGUUUCCGCUGGCACUAGCUGCUGGCUUUUCUUAGGUGCCUCGGAGGCUGCCAGGGCCACAGGCUGAACUUGGCCUCUUGUGAGCAGGGGUAAAGGGAAUCUCGCACGUCCCCCUGCACCUGGUCUCUGCAUGAGCCACCUGCGGUGCUCUCGGUCCCGGCCCCUUCGCCGGUUCAGUCGUGAUGGCCCCUUGGUGGUGCUGCUGCUCUGACUGCCCCCCGCGGGGGAGCUCCUGCCUUGCUGAGGUGAGGAUGCUGCCCUGGGCGUGUGUUGGGGUGGGAGGGUGGCUUUGAAGUGGGAUCUCUCCAAGGGGGAGCUGUGAUGCCCUCCCUCAGCACUAGCCAAACUAGAGCCCCAGCGUCUUCAGGAAGCAGCUCCUGGCCCUGUCUUGUCUCGUCUCGUAUUGUCUGGGUCAAAUUGAGCUGAAGCAGAGACAGCUAGGCAGGGGAGGCAUCGGGCAGCCCGGGGGGGAGGGGGAGGAAUUGCUCGGGAAGUGGCUGGGAGGCUGUUAGCUUUUCCCAGCCCCCCUUGCUGAAUUGGGCUGUGCGUGGGGGCCCUUAGGGCCAGGAGGCCUUUGGGAGGGCUGAAGGGUGACUUGGCCUUGUGGGUAUUUGGUUCUUUUCUUCUCUGAUCCCUGCAGUGAUGUGACACGUAACUUCCCCUGCCACUAGCACAAGGGCCUUGUUGGAGAUUUCAGGCUGCACUUGUAACGUACGGGGGGGGGGGGGCUCUGUCCUUGCUGGAAAGACUUUUUCUGCUCGGUGGAGAGACUCCACUGACCUGUGUGACAGCCACGAGCAUCUACCCCACUGGCUGCUGGCAAAGCCGGGACGCCCCGAGCCUGUGUCCCCACCCCUCUUGCAGGAGUGGGGGUGGUUUUCUGGCUAAAUCCCUGGACCAAAUUGAGACACUGCAGCUUUUGAAAGCCCCUCCUGCCCCCCCCAUCCUGCUUGCCUUUUUUUCUGAUCAGUUUUUUUGCUUUGAGAAAGCUCCUCCGUCGCAUAACAUAACAAUCAUGGUAACAGAAUUCAGCUGCUGAUUUACCAAUGUAUUUAAUGUAAGUAAAAAAAAAAAAAAAUCAGUGUAUUAAAUGGA